UUAACCUCUAAGUUUAACCUAGUUUUAAAAACUGAAAAGUGCCUUGUUUGAAUAGUAAAUUGAGUAGUUCGUUAAUAGUGUUAAUACGUGAAAUGGAUGAAAAUAACGAACCUUGCGUUGUUUGUGGUGGAAUAAAUUUUGAACUGAUUUCUGGUUUCUAUCAUUGCUCAGAAUGUCAAUUCGUUAGAGAAGAUAUAAUAGAUCAUGCGGUAGAAGAGUUUGAUGAAAAAUUGCAGGGAAUAACGAAUAUUAAAACUACGGUAAAGCGUGAAAAACAACAAUUAGGAAAGUUAAAAUUAACAACAUGGGAAUGCUAUAAUUAUGUCAUUAAAGGAUUGAUCGAGGAACUAUUGAUUUUAGGAGCUGAUAUGUUACUAAGAAGUGUAGUGAAGAAACUGUGGUUCAGGUACUUAUUUCAACUUGAAGUAAUAAACUCAGAAAGACCUAAAUUGCAAGCAGUCAAUACUUCCAUUGAUGCACAAAUUGUUUACGGAAAAAACGCAAAGAGAAAAAGAAAGAAGAAAUCUAGAUCUGGUAAUGCUGAUUCACGUACCCAAGUUGACUCUGAAAGUGCGAGGGCACACUCAAGAAAAAAGAAACGUCUUUUUAAUUCUCAACAUAAUGAUACUCUUUCAAAAUCAGUUGACAAUUCCUUAAUGGAUGUAACUGUGGAAGGUUUGAAAAGUGAAUCUCAUAAAUCUAGUCAAUCAUCUUUCACAUUAAAGUUCAAUAAAUAUGCCAAAACAGAAUUGAAGAGAAGACAAUCCAAGCAACAUAUUAGGAGACAUUCUGUCGAUUUUGAUAAUGAUUUAACAUGUCAUCGUAAUUCUUACACUGAAGCAUCCAAAAAAUAUCAAAAUAGUUCUUCUUUGCUUUCAAUCAACAAGAUAUACUCCUUGCUUUACUUGGGCUUGCUUUUAACAAAGUCCAAAAUUCAAUUAGCUGAUAUGCUGCGUUUUAUAAGAGAAGGUCAUUUAAGUUUUAACAAUUUCAAACAUUUUUUUCCAGAAGAAUUGAAUGAUAACUUUUUAACCCAAGCCUGUGUUAGAAAAUCGUUCCUUACCAGUAUUGGUUUAAGGGAAUCUACAUAUCAAAUGGCUCAAUUUUUGAAUGUUUUGGAUUUCAUAGAAGUACAAAAUUUAGCCUUGUUGAUAGAGAGAUUUUGUAAUGAGUUGAAUUUACCACGUCAAAUUGAAAGAAGAACUCUAAGUUCUCUAGUGAAUACUUUACCAAGAAUGAAAAUAAUUGAAAAAACGAUUCCAAAUUAUGAGGCAAGAGCUUUAAGCCUUAUUUUGUUUCAAAUAAAAUUGUUAUUUUCAUUAGAUGGGAAGACUGAAAAAUACUUAACUAAUUGUGCCAAAGGUUUGAAUAAUAGAAAAGCAGAAUUGAACAUGUUUGAUUUUAUGAAAUGGUUGCAAUAUAUAGAUUAUCGUAAAAAUGUUAUGAAAAAAUGUCAUUUUCCUACUGAAUUUGCUUUUGAUAACCAAAUUAAAAAUAGUGAUAAUUUCGUGAAAUUUUUAAUCAGCAAAAAUCUGGAGUAUGAGACAGAUCAUCUAUCUAGGAAAGCGAAUGUAAUGGGCCAAAAUUGUCGGCAACUACUGAUGAAACUAAGGAAUCAACAGCAAGAUAUUGAAGAGUAUAAUUAUUUUGAGCCAUCAUUUACUCCUUUUAAAAAUUAUACAAAAGAAUUGCUUGGUAACAGAUCAAUAAAUGGAGAAGUAGAAAUUGGAAUAUUGACAUUGAAUUUUGAUGAUUGCAAUUUGGACUUUGUAUUAAAACCUUUGGAAUACAUUCACUUAUUGACUGGAGAUGGAAAUAUUGAAGUCAAGUUAGAAGGUGCCAAUAAAAACAUCAAGCAGCAUAAAAUAAUCAAUAUAGAAUCUGAACGAACAAAAAAAUUGAGAGAUGAUAGAAAAUUCAGUGUUGUCCGCAUUGGAACAACUUCAAGAGAUACUUUAGAUGAACACAAAACUUUUGAAAAUUUUUCUGAUAGCAGUGAAGAUUAUAUAAGAAAGUAUGAAGAUUAUCAUAGAAUUUCAGCUAGGAUUAAUGAAAUUGAAACUAAAAUGAAUCUCUCAAACUCAAAAAAAGAUGGAAAAAAAUCUUUCAUUCACUUAGUUCCACAUGAGCGUUAUUGGGUGAAUACUCAUUGCAAUUUAGGAAUACUAUCAAAAGAGGUUUUUGAUGAGCAUUUUUGUUCUUAUCCUUACAAUUUUCAAUUGAUUUUGAAAGAGCUUGCUAGAAUAGGUGAACAAAGUGAACAAGAAUUAUUGGAAGAGUUUUCCAGGACAGAGAUAUAUCUUUUGUACAAGGAAACAAACAAUACAAUAGGAAAUGAGAACUUUGAUACAAUAUAUAAUGAUAGCCUAAUGAAGAAAAUUGUGAAAAAGGCAAUUAAGCAUUGGUGAAUAUACAGAUGAAGGGAAAUUAAAAUUGAGAAGUUUAAUAGAAAGUGACCAUUCCACACUAGUGAAGCCAAAUAUAUAUUUAUACCUUUCUUGACAAUUGUUAAAAUACCCAUUCUUUUAUUUUUGAAUGUGAUUUGUGUUAUUUAUUAUACAUUUGUUAUCAAGAAGUUAGUUAUUCUUUCCUGUUAUAUAGUGUAAGUACACUACAGUGCACUAAAUUAUCCAUGUAGUUGAAAGCUGAAUGCUCUCAGCAUAAUACACUCUGAUGCAUGUUUUCAUUAAUGUUUAUAUUAUGUUUAUAAAUGAAAAAAACCUAAAUGAAAAUUCUCAAAUAAAUAUUUUGAAGUGAUUGAAUCAUAUACAUAGACUGAUUAAGAUGUUAGAAUAAUAGGUCUGUUGUAACUACUAUUAUUAGUCCAAUUUACAUAAUAAAAGAUGAGGAAAAUACUGAGGUGAAGUCAGCUUUUGGGCGUUCGUCCUUCAUGAGACAGUUGCACCCUUGGAGAUCACUGAAAUGUAUAGAGACGACUUCACGUAAGUGCUUUUCUCUCACUUCUAUCAGAACACACCAAUUCUUUUACUCUGAUAAUUAAAAAGUUAAUCGACCAUA